CAACAAUCUUCCCCAAUGAACAUUGUUCGUUCAUUCUUCUCAGCAUCAGUUAGAAAAGCAAUGCCUCGCAAGACUCUCGCACCACUCGCUCCUACCGUCCCCACGGCGAUCAAGAGCCACGAAGAGGCAAAGCUCGGCGACGGCGUCGAGGUGGCCACCUUUGCUUCGGGAUGCUUUUGGGGAACUGAGCACCUGUUCAACAAGUACUACUCGCACCUGCCCGGAUGGAAGGCCGAGGUCGGCUACACGGGCGGCAAGGCGGACGCGAGCGACCCUUCCUACAAGCAGGUGUGUACCGGCGCGACCGGCCAUGCCGAGGGCGUGCGCCUCGAGUACCAGAAGGGCGCGGUUGGCUACGCCGAGCUCGUCGAGUUCUUCUACCGCACCCACGACCCCACAACGGUCAACGCGCAGGGACCUGACCACGGCACCCAGUACCGCUCCGGCAUCUUCUACCACACGCCCGAGCAGGAGGCCGCUGCCAAGGCCGUCACCGCCGAGGUGCAGGAGAAGUACCUCAAGGGCAAGCCCAUCGUCACCGAGAUCACGCCUGCCGGCAAGUGGUGGACUGCCGAGGAGUACCACCAGCAGUACUUGGAGCACAACCCCAACGGCUACGAGUGCCCCACGCACCAAGUGUACUGGUAAAGGGCGUUUGCGUGUAUGUCCAGUGAUUUGGAUCGAUGUAGCAGGUAUCUCUAUAGUGUGAUGAUGCA